CCCUACCCCGGCGGGCGCUUCUACGCCAAACCCCACCAGUGUGUGGCCAUCCCUGCCGACCUGCGGCUCUGCCACAGCGUGGGCUACGACAAGAUGGUGCUGCCCAACCUGCUGGACCACGAGACCAUGGCCGAGGUGAAGCACCAGGCGAGCAGCUGGGUGCCGCUGCUCAACAAGAACUGCCAUAUGGGCACGCAGGUCUUCCUCUGCUCCCUCUUUGCCCCCGUCUGCCUGGACCGGCCGGUCUACCCCUGCCGCUGGCUCUGCGAGGCCGUACGUGACUCCUGUGAGCCCGUCAUGCAGUUCUUUGGCUUCUUCUGGCCAGAGAUGCUCAAGUGUGACCAGUUUCCUCAGGAUGACGUCUGCAUUGCCAUGACAGCUCCCAACGCCACCGAGGUCUCCAGGCCCAAAGGAACGUCUGUGUGUCCCCCUUGUGACAACGAGAUGAAGUCGGAGGCCAUUGUGGAGCACCUGUGUGCCAGCGAGUUUGCUCUUAAGAUGACCAUCAAGGAAGUAAAGAAGGAGAAUGGGGACAAGAUGAUCAUCCCACGGAAGAGGAAGGCAUUGAAGCUGGGGCCUAUCCGGAAGAAGAACCUGAAGAAGCUGGUGCUGUUCCUGAAGAAUGGGGCAGACUGUCCCUGCCAUCAGCUGGACAACCUCGGGCACUAUUUCCUCAUCAUGGGUCGCCAGGUGAAGACCCAGUACCUGCUGACAGCCAUCUACAAAUGGGACAAGAAGAACAGAGAGUUCAAGAAGUUCAUGAAGAAGAUGAAAUCUCCUGACUGCCCAACGUUUCCAUCCGUCUUCAAGUGA